AACUGACUAAAAAUUCAAUAUCUCAGCAACAAAGCACCAUGGGGAUGAACCAACUUAGGGUAUUUCACUACUCACUGAGGUCUACAAGAUACAAGUAGUCCGAGUUCAAAAGCGAUUUAUAACCUCAGGAGGUUCCCUCGUGAAACCAAAUGUUCGGUUAGUAAGUCAUUCCGAUUGUUAGGUGUCUGCCAGAAGACCGAGAUUUUAACCAUUUCGAACGGAGUGAAAGGGAUUUCGACAGACCGCGGGUGAUUCCGAAUGCGUUUGGAAGCGAUGAUUCGUUUGUAGCUCUACUAAAUCAAAUCUCUGCAAUAAGAAAUCAUUAUUUAAAAUGUGAUAAUAAUUUAUGAGGCGAAAAUAACUACGCCGACCCUCAGAUUUGGAGGCCCGAGCUGCUAUAAAAUCACUACUACUAUAAACCUACUCUCAUAUCAGUAAUCAAAAUGACGGGAAACAAUUCUAGAGGCUCGACAUCUAACUGUUUCUAGAUGCUCAAUAUGAGUAAAAUAAAUUCGAGUAAUAUAUUGAGCAAGCAUGGUUGAUUUUUGAGAAAAUGCAUGUUAAAUAUAACCGCAGUGUUAGAGCUGGUGGAGCCUCUUCAAAGGUUCGAUUAACGGCGCCAUGCAUACUUCUAUAGAACAUGGUAGUCGCUUGUAUAUGAGUGUCUUAUUUUAAAUCAUGAGAAAGGAUCAUCUCCAAUAGUUUUGGUGUAGAAUUUGCUCAUUUGUUCAUUCACUACAUAACUAACAGGUGGCCCAGAAAUAAUGACACACUUUUGUUCUCUUUGCUUCUGAGCACAACUGAGGCUCGAAGAUUCCAUUCUAAACUCAUUCGAUAGAGAAUUUUCUAUUCUACAAAAUCCAUUACCUUCUCUCAUUACAUAGUGUUUCAUUAUUUUGAAAAAUAGUGCUGGGGAUAGCCGUCAAACCGCUUAACAUUUUUAUACCACCUUCUUCUCUCAAUUACCACAUUAUUUCUAAAAAAGUUACGUAAAAACGAAAAGCCGCCAAAAUUUUGAUAGGAAAUCGCAGUUAUACUUGUUACCUGUCCUACUCUGCAUUAUUUUUUAAAAUAAUGAAAUACUAUGUAAUGAGAGAAGGUAAUGGAUUUUGUAGAGUAGAAAAUUCUCUAUCGAAUGAGUUUAGAAUGGAAUCUUCAAAUCUCAGCUGUGCUCGGAAGCAAAGAGAACAAAAAGUGUGUUAUUAUUUCUAACUGAAUGAUGCAUUAUCUUGUUGAAGUGAAAUAUUCACCUCGAAGCUACUUGAACCUAAACGUAGAAAUGCAUGAUAUUUUAUAAACGUGUCUGAUAGGGGGGCUUAUGUGAAAGACCUGCUAAAUUAGAAAUUACAAAGCGAGCUUCGUCUGGCUGGUAGUCGGCAACUGAUUCCCUGUUCAUGUUUUAAGAGCUUUUCUAUGCACAACCGUUCUUCAGAGCAGGAAGACGAAAUGUCAUUUUACUAAGUAAAGAAAAAAAGAAAAACAACUUCUCUACAGUGCAAUAAAUCCACAACGUAAAAUUUUAGGGUGUGUACACUAAUAAGUUUUAUAUCGCCUCAUAGUAGGCAUAGUUCUCAUCAUCGAUGAAGUCAAAAUAACUUACGUCAAAGAAAACGUUACAUAGCACCGUAACAAAUAUCUGCCGCUUUUCGUAGUCCAUCUCACGAGGAUGAUCGUCAAUCGGCUGAUUGAACCCUGAUUGCUGAACGUUGAAAAAUGAAGAGAUCACUUAGUUUCAGUUUUGUAGAGGAUACUUUAGGCCACAAUAUCUCUAUGAGAAAUAUAUGGAGCUCGAUGGCAGCUUUUAGAGCCACGAUCUACUCCUUCAAAGACUUGACUGCUGCAACACUUCGAAAACCGGUUUUCAGAAACCUUUUAGUGCAGAAAAGAUAUCACUAUGUGUUGACUACACAUUGACGAAAACCGUAGGUCUGUAUCUCUUCUCGCUGAAGCAUUAGUCAAAUAAUGACGAGAUGUAUCAUAAUUUGGCAACAAUAGUAGUAAAAACGUUUACCAACUCAAGAAAAAUUAAGAGUAUCCUCCCUCUUUUGGGGUAUUCCUUAGAAAUGCUGUGAAAUAAAAACUAACAGUCGCUAGUUUUUGUUUCAAGUUUUCAGCUAUUGUCGUUCACCAGUUCUUUAGAAAACUCGGUUUUUCAUUGUGCCCCGUUACGACCUGUCUUAAAUUUCAGCCGAUCGUUCAAAAUUUUACCAUAGAUACUUAAGGUCAUUCCGCAGGGGUCAUUUUUUGGAAUUUUAUUUUAGGCUUUUCUUUACCGAGUUAUAGAGUUUCUAAAAUUUAAAACUUGGUUUUUGAGACGUUUUUCAGUAUUUUUCCAAUAACUCGACCAGGAAAGGUCUCAAAAGAAUUUCCCCAAAAGUUAUCCCUGCGGAAUGAUCUUAAGUAUCUACGGUAAAAUUUUGAACUCGAUCGGAUGAAAUUUAAAGCAGGUCAUAAUGGCGCACAAUGAAAAACCGAGUUUUCCAAAGAACUGGUGAACGACAAUAGCUGAAAACGUGAAACAAAAACGAAAAAGUGUUGUGAAAAAGCGAAAACUUUUAGUUUUUAUUUCACAACAGUUCUACAGAAUGCCCCAAAAGAGGGGGAUACCCUUAAUAAAAGUUGAGAAUGUGUUGUUUAUAAGAAAGUCUGUUUCUCUAUUCUAGCACAAUUUUUUCUUAUCGAAACUGUAUUAAACAAUCGGUUGUUUUUAACUCCUGAUCAUUUCAUUGGUGUAUAUGGUUACGAUGGAAAAUUUAUUCCUGCCCGUCUCAUAAAAUCACAUGAUUUAGUUUAUGUGCGAAAUACAACUACCAAUACUAUUGAAUUGGUUGGUAUUAAAAAUAUUUCGAUUGAAACUAAACAAGGAAUAUAUAGUCCAACGUUAAGUGGGACAAUAAUUGUUAAUAAUUUGGUUGCUUCUUGUUACGGAGCUCCACCCGGAAACAGUCAUGAAGAAAGACAUCAAGUGUAUGCAUCGCUUCGGUGGUUGUACCGUUUUAAAAAAGAUUUCUUACUUCUGAAUGAACCAUUUCAAAGUCAAACAACAGGCACUCCAUUCAUCGUCACCCUUACACGUAAUUAUCAUCAUAUGAUAAAACGCGUGACAGAUCUUACAUUAGCAUUGAAAACAUUCAUUUUAAUUGAAAUAAUUACAAAUAUUUCGGAUUAUUUUCAGAUUAUUGCUGGGAAAAAACGAGAUUUGAGACACAAUCCCUGUGUUGUUUAUCUUUUAUCAUCAAGCAUUGCUGAUAUUUUGGAAUUAUAUUCUGGUCUCUUGAUUCGUUGUCUCAACGGAUUUGGUGCUGAUCCAACAAGGCAUAGUGAACGUGUGUGCUCAGAAGUACUUCCGAGUCUAUUGCGUGUAUUAACUGUCACCAUAUGUAUACUGCCGAUAUCAUUAAGCAAAUUGUACCAAACACUGACAAUGUCAAUGACAACAAAAUCACCCUUGAGAUUAGCUAUUGAAGGUUUCACCUUUCAAUCUGCAGCUAUCGUAUCAUAUAUUAAUAACAGUGUCAUAUUUUUCAUCUAUACAUUAAGUGGUAAAAUAUUUCGACAAGAAUUGCUGAGAAUUCUUCGACGACAAUCAUCGCUCAAAUCUUCGAUGCAGCAAACAACAAGAACAAUAAUGAGAAUUCAAGAUAUUCAAUGA